UCAAGGCUGAAGGCCUGAGCGAUGAGAGGAAUCUGGGAGAUACUGUGCAAGAGGGAUGUCUUCGGUCUUGUGUUAGCGCGCAAUGUCCUGUAUUAAAACGGUACCAUAACGGUGACCUCUUAGCACGGCAUACUCCGUAUCUGUUGGGAAUCCCUAAUCUCCUUUCCUCUCCCCACCGUCAUCUCAGAGUCAAUCAACAACCAUCAUCCCACCAUGCCCGCCACCAUCGCAGAGAUUCUGUCGCCUUCCCCAGACGACCCCGCCCUCGUGGAACGUAUCGCCUUCCGAACAAUCGAACCCCCCAUCACCAUCCUCCCACCAAACCCCUCCUGGCCGCAUCGAUUCUCCGAAAUCAAAGAACGGAUUCAAAAAGCCCUCGAGCCUACCUUGGUUCUAGACAUCGCUCACUCCGGUUCAACCAGUGUUCCCAACCUCCCCGCCAAAGACAUUAUCGAUGUUGAUCUGACCUUUUACGACCCUACGGAUGAAGCAUCUUAUGUGAAGGCGUUGGAAAACGCAGGGUUUCGCUUCCUCCUGCGGGAGCCGCAAUGGUACCAGCAUCGCUUCUUUGUGGAGGAUUGGUCCAGCACAGGCUACCAUGUCAAUCUGCAUGUGUGGGGUCCCGACUCGCCGGAAGUUGCUAGACACCGCAUCUUGCGGGACUGGUUAGCGAAAACACCAGCGGAUCGGGAGUUGUACGCAAAAGCUAAAUGGGAAGCGGCGGAAUGGACGGUGAGAGGGGGGAAGUCUAUGGUGGAGUAUACUCAACGGAAGGACACAGCGAUUCAGGAGAUUCUGGAAAGGGCAUUUCGGGAUUUGGGUUAUAUUUAAUGAGAGACUUGAGACGGUUGGUGAAUGGGUUGAACAAGCGCCCUUCUCUUGAUAUGCAAUGCAUCGCCAGCAUAUCCGUAUAUUAUCGUACCCCCACCUUUCCUCGGCGGAGGGCGGGGGGAAUGCAUUUGGAUACGAACAUAGUUUACGGAGUACCCGGUCUCGAAAAGCGGGGACGCCCGGCUUACAGGGGCACUCGAGUCUGGUCGAUCCGACCUCAAUAACAGCAGAACGUUGGAUACAUUUGGCUGAUCGGCACUCGUCACUUGAGGAAGGCGUGCGGUAACAUUGUUUUAGUGUUAUGGAUCAAGUCUUCAGAAGCUGUACGGAUCUCGUGUAAUCCCACAGGUCGGUCGACGGUCCGCCGAGUCAGGUGAUUGAGGCUCUGGACGGUGUCACGCAUCUUGUGCUUGCCAUUCCUCGCUUUCCCGUUUGCCCCUCAGCUCGGAAUACGGGUAACAUAUCCUUUCAACUCCGGGCAGGG